AUGGCGGGGAGCUGGCGGCACUGGGACCAGGACCGCAGGUGGGCAGGGGAGGGUGAACUUAGAGUGGUAGGGACCGCCCUGAAGACACAGGGACCCCGUUCUAUGGGACUGCCAGGCUAUAGAAGCACCCUGGGGUAUUGCCUCCGCCUCAGGAAAAAGGGCCUGCGUUUCAACUUGGGCACCCAGGGACCAGGGACCAGGGCCUCUGGCGACCGGAGUGCCAAAGCCGAACCGCCCAGGACCGUGGUGCCACUGAAGACCACAGCACCAUCCAGGACCAAGGCUCCGCAGAGGACAGAAGCGUCGUCCACGAUGAUGGUGCCACUCAAGAGCCCUGCUGGCAGUGGGGUACAGCUCAAGUCCACGCUGGGCAGGACUGGGCAGCACUAUGACUCGAGGACACGCUGGACCGUGCAGACUCCCUCCGAGCCCAGACUCCAGAAAUUGCGAACACUUUCUUUACAAAGCCGCCUUCUGCGUGAGUGGCAGGCCUCUACCACCACCUCCUUGGCAUCUGUCGCUCUCAGUGAGAUGUGGGAUGAAGACGUGGACUCUGGAAGCAAAUUUGUUGAGGACCUCAGUAUUCCCCCUACAUCAUGUAUUAGUUUAAUAAGUAAAUUUUUGAAGCCAGGGAAGCCAACAAAGUCAGCGAUGUGGUUUAUGGAAAAGACAAUGGAAGUGAUGAAGCUGGACAAACAAGUAAAAGAAACUCAAAUCCAGCAAAAAGCAGUACUGGAGCAAACCAGGCUGCUACUCGAUGAAAAGUUCCAUGUCCAGGCUGACACCAAAUUCAUGCUGGACCACCUGACCAACAAAACUGAAGAGUAUAGAAGGGAAAUUAACAAGCUGUGGGACAACUAUGCGCAAGAAAGUGGGGAAAUCCAACGAAGGAGACAAGAAUUAGCCUCCAAAUAUGCAAAACAAACUUCAGAGUUUCAAAAACAGCUCUUAGAGAAGGAAAAGAAGGAAUUUGAUUUGAAGCAGCAGUUAAGGGCAAUGAGGGACAUUUCGCUAGUAAAGGAGAAACAGGACAGAGAAAUGCAGACAUUACAGGAGGAGCUAAAGAAAGCCCAAGCUGAGACAACUGCAAAGGUAUAUGCCCAGUACCUCCAGGAAAAAACAUUACUGACGAAGCAACUGAGUGAGCCAGACGUAAGCCAAUUGAGAAAGAGCGAAAGAAAGAAGCUGAAAAAGAAGGCCCAUGCCUUGGAGGUGGCAGCAGAGAAGCUUGCUUUUCAGUGUUGCCGUGACCUUCUCACAGAGAACCAGGAGUUACAGAGGAAGUUAGUGCAGCAGUCCCAGCAGUGCCAGGAGGUACAGGCCACCCAAAGCUUCUUACAAAAACAGAAGCAGCAGCUGCAACGGGAACAGUGGUAUACUGAGUGCUUAAUCCGAGGGAGGCGACAACUGCAACAGAGAACUCCAAAGACGGAAAGAACCCCUUCCCUAAGCACCAAAUCAAGGCUUAAUCCACAGUAA